UCACUUCUAGAAGACGUUUCCAAGGAGGGAGAAGGUGGGCAGAGUAGGAGGUGGAGGAGGCUGUGGUGGUAUUCUAUAGGCUUGAUUAUUAUACACUCAGCGAGACAAGGUAACCGAGCAAUCAAAGAGCGCCUGAGACAGAGGCUUGUCAGCACGGAUCCUUCAGUCUCCCCCGCUCCUUUCUCUUCUCACCGCUCCAGCUCAGAUCGGAGGUGACAGGUGAUCUGCCGCUCGUUCUGUCUGGAACUCCAGCGGCGGAUGUUCUCGGACAGGCUUCAUCCCACCGCGGUGAGGCUGGACGGAUAAAGGCACCAUGGCGCUAGAAGCGGAGGGGAACAAGCUGCGGCUGCAAGACGUGCUGGCGAGACCUGGCAACGAAAUGUGCGCUGAUUGCGGUAAUCCAGAGCCAGACUGGGCGUCACUGACUCUGGGUGUGUUUGUUUGCCAGGCCUGCUCGCUCCUUCAUCGGAGCAUCCCUCACAUCAGCCGGGUCAAGUCUGUGCAGGACACGUGGGAUGAUGGCGAGGUGGAGUUGAUAGCUGUAAUGGGAAACAAUGCAGCCAAGGCCAAAUAUGAGCAGAAGGUCCCUGCUUUCUACUACAGACCAACACACACUGACUGCAAGCUGCUGAGGGAGCAAUGGAUCCGAGCCAAGUACGAACGAAAUGAAUUUGAGUUUAUCGAGAAGCAAGAGCCUUACUCUGCAGGGUACCGGGAAGGAUUUCUAUGGAAACGAGGGAGAGACAACGGCCAGUUCCUGAGUCGAAAGUUUGUCCUAUCAGAGAGGGAGGGAGCACUUAAGUACUUCAACAAGCAGGAUGCCAGAGAUCCCAAGGCAUUGAUGAAAAUUGAAACACUCAAUGCAACCUUCCAGCCAGCCAAGAUAGGAAAUCCCUGUGGCCUGCAGAUCACCUACCUGAAAGACAACAGCACAAGGAACAUCUUUGUCUACCACAGCGACGCUAAGGAGGUGGUCGACUGGUUCAACGCCAUCAGAGCGGCUCGGUUCCACUACCUGCAGGUGGCCUUCCCUGGAGCGGGUGAUGAGGAGCUGGUGCCCAAACUGACACGGAACUUUAUGAAAGAAGGCUUCAUGGAGAAAACUGGUCCAAAGCACACAGAAGGGUUUAAGAAGAGGUGGUUCACCAUGGAUGACCGACGGCUCAUGUACUUCAAAGACCCGCUGGAUGCCUAUGCUCGAGGUGAGGUGUUCAUCGGCAGCAAGGAGAACAGCUACACCGUCCUGGCCGGCUUGCCCCCAUCUACGCAGGGAAACCACUGGAACCAUGGCAUCACCAUCGUCACACCUGACAGGAAGUUCCUCUUUGCUUGCGAGACUGAAGCUGAGCAGCGCGACUGGAUCGCAGCUUUCCAGAGAGUCAUCAAUCGGCCGAUGAGGCCACAGGAAUACGCAGUGGAGGCCCAUUUUAAACACAAGCCUUGAAGCCUGCAGAGGGUCCAAAGUUAUCUGGACCAGCCCAGUCCGAGAGAUCAGAGACAGCCCCUGCACUGCACAACAAGAGGGGAGUCAUCGGGAUCUGAUCGGGGUUAGGAGGGGGUUUUUGAAAUGGGCCAAGAUUGGAGAAGAAGAGGAGAAAUCAGAAGAAGGACUUCAGUCUUUGUAAAGACGAUCAUUGGUAUGAUCUAAAAAGGAAGAGUAGACAUGAUGUCUUUUAAUAUUGCUCCUACCAACAUUGCGCUCUACAUUAUCAUACCAGACCCCACUCCCUCUUCCCUUCCUGCCCUCAGCCAUGUGGACCCCUCAUCUGCAUCAAGCUCCCCUUUCACCCUGGAUUUCAUCUUGUGAAUGGUUCUUUCUGCCUGUGAUCUAAAGUAAUUAUGUAAUCUAGAGUCAUGUCACUGGUUGCUUAAUGAAGACAAACACAUUGUUAAUUUAUUGAAUGUACAGUUUUUGACCACAGUGUCUUAACCAUGCGUGUGGAAUCAUCAUGUUUUCAUUGAGGACUCUGCGAGGUCGAACCUCUGGCGCUAAAACCCUGGUAAACCUGAAUUCUACUAAGUGCUGUUAACAACUACCAUGCCUACAAACAAAACUUGCACACAAACGCUCAGUGAACACCACCGCUGUUAACAACGCUGGAGCAGGCUGAUCUGCAUCCAGCCAGGGUUGUUUUAAAACCUCCACCUGACAGCCGAGCCCUUUUUUAUUUGUACUGUCAAACAUACCAAGUCAUUGUGGGAUGUUAAUUUUUGCUGCUUUCAUGGUUUGUAAUGUGAUGGGAUUGUAAUUUGUUGAACACUUCUACAACUGUUUAAAUUUUUUUUUUUAUUUUGUUUCAAAGGCACACUGCUGUGUUGACUCUUUCAUCAUUGUGGCAAAUAAAUUCUAAAAAUUCUAACAUGAAAACAGA